UGUAUUACGGUUUAUGCAUGCAGGCCCCAUAUCGGCCGCAUUUGGAAACAUACUCGCUUGACCGGUGAAAGUGUACACUGUGCAUGCAACUUGAGUCGCCUGGCUGGCUGUGCGUAGACAUGGGACCUGGGUCGAAAUUCGCUCAUGUUUUCUGGAGGAAUGGGUCGUAUCUGAGACCUUUUGUGGCUCUCAAGGUGCAGACGAGGCCAUGCACUAUGGCCGUGCUCGCUGGUGUCCAGAACAAGAUCGAAAAGAAAAGACAACAAGCCUUGCAAGGCGGUGGUCCGAAACGAAUUGAAGGCCAGCACAAACGGGGCAAAUUAACAGCUCGUGAACGAGUUAAUCUACUUUUGGAUCCUGGAUCAUUUGUUGAGUUUGACAUGUUUGCAGAGCACCGCUGUACAGACUUUGGAAUGGAUGCAGAAGACAAGCAGUUUCCAGGUGAUGGUGUCAUUACUGGUCAUGGUUUGAUCAAUGGACGAGUGGCGUAUUUGUUCAGCCAGGAUUUUACCGUUCAUGGCGGUAGUCUGUCCAGUGCUCAUGCUCGUAAGAUCUGCAAGAUCAUGGACCAAGCCAUGGAGGUGGGAGCUCCAGUCAUUGGACUAAAUGACUCGGGCGGAGCUCGGAUUCAAGAAGGGGUGGAGUCUUUGGCUGGAUAUGCAGACAUCUUUCAGAGAAAUGUCAUGGCAUCUGGAGUUGUCCCUCAGAUCUCCCUCAUUAUGGGACCAUGUGCAGGUGGUGCUGUAUACUCGCCAGCCCUGACUGAUUUCACAUUCAUGGUCAAGGACACAUCUUACCUCUUCAUCACUGGGCCUGAUGUCGUUAAGGCUGUGACUCAGGAGGAUGUUACAUAUGAACAGCUGGGAGGAGCCAAGACUCAUACCUCAGUCUCCGGCGUUGCUCAUGGUGCCUUUGAGAAUGACAUCAAUGCUCUGGCCAGGCUGCGUGAUCUCUACAACUUCCUCCCCCUAAGUAACCAAGACCCCGCCCCUAUCUUGGCCUGUGAUGACCCAGGUGACAGGUUGGUUCCUGUUUUAGACACCGUAGUUCCUCCAGAAUCAAACAAACCUUACAACAUUUUGGAUGUCAUUCAAGCUAUUGUUGACAAUCGAGACUUCUUUGAGAUCAUGCCAGAUUAUGCUAAGAAUAUUGUGAUUGGCUUUGCUCGAGUUGGUGGUCGGACUAUCGGCAUUGUAGCUAACCAGCCCAAGGUUGCAUCAGGUUGUCUUGACAUUAAUGCAUCCGUCAAAGGAGCUCGGUUUGUUCGUUUCUGCGAUGCCUUCAACAUCCCUAUCAUCACUUUUGUUGAUGUGCCAGGAUUCUUACCAGGUACUCAACAAGAGUAUGGAGGUAUCAUCCGACAUGGAGCUAAGCUAUUGUAUGCAUUCGCUGAAGCUACUGUACCAAAGAUAACGGUCAUUACUAGGAAGGCCUAUGGAGGUGCUUAUGAUGUGAUGAGUUCCAAGCAUCUUCGUGGUGAUAUGAAUUACGCUUGGCCCACCGCUGAAGUAGCAGUCAUGGGAGCUGCAGGAGCAGUGCAGAUCAUUUUCCGAGGUCAGUCUGAAGUCGCAGAGAGGGAACGUGAAUAUGUUGAGAAGUUUGCCAAUCCUUUCCCUGCUGCUGUAAGAGGCUUUGUUGACGACAUCAUCCGACCAAGUACAACUAGACAAAGGAUAUGCAGGGAUUUAAACCUCCUUGCUACCAAGAAGAAGAGCAAUCCUUACAAGAAGCAUGCCAACAUUCCACUGUAAAAGAGUCCCGUUAAGAAGUCUGCUCUACUACCAAAGUCUUGGAGAGGUAGGGGUGACUUUAAACGUUGGGAAAAACCGUGUUGGGAUCAAACAGUUUCGCUCAUGGCUGAGAAAUACUUUUAGGCUUCAGUGGUGUAAACAUGAGCCAUUUCUGAAAAUGAAAUAUUACAAAUAAGGCUAAAAGCAAGCAGCAUUACGUCAUCAGAUGUAAAGUCGGGGCAUAUCGGUAGAUACUUUUAGAGAAUUCGUAAAAAAUUAUUGAAACUUUCCAUAAGUUUUAGUCAUGGAGGUGGGAAUAUUACAGCACCUGGAUUUAUCUCAAAUGUAACAAGCUUGUGACUAUAGAGCUCUGCCUACUGUUUGUAAUAUCAUCUUUGACAAUGUACAUGUAUAGGUUAAGGCGAUCAGUACAAAAGAACAGGGUGUUAAUAUACCAUGUCUUCAUUUAUUGUGAGGUGGUUUAGCUUAAGGGAAAUCAACUUGUCAAAACGAAUGAAAGAGUAAGCAGUAAACAAAGCUAACUCCUCAGUAUCAUUAUCCUAACUCAUGCAGGACUCAAAAGCUUGAAAGUACAUUUGUACAUCUUUCUUAUGUUCAUUAUAUCAAUGAGAACCAGUAUUUUUUACUUGGUUUCAUUACACAAAGGAUAAAAUCAUGGUUUCCAAUGCACAAGAUGCAUCAUAAAUUGACAUGUGCAUGGUAUUUACACCACUAUCCACACACAAUGUGUCAAUUGUCGGUGUGCUGAAAUUAUCCUGUGUGUCACUUUGUAGUGCCGCCUACAAAUUGCAUCAAAUACUGUGAAACCCUGCAAUUCAUAAAUUAUUGUCUAAUUUUCUGUGAAAGGUGUAAUUCUUUUCUUGGUGCACCACAUCUGUAACUGCUAAUAUCAGUCAUUGAAAUAGUAAAUAUUUAUCUUUGAUAAAUUAUUUCAAUUUUUGUUUGUAAAUUGUUUUCCAAGUUCUCAUUUCGUUAUGAUGGUAAGUGACAAUGACAUUAAGCCAUCUGGCCUGACAGCGACAAACUGAGAAAAAAAAACUGUUGGGAGGUUUUAGAGAAGAAGAAUUUCUUCUGAAUUCUUCAAUUGAGAAGAAAUACACGUCCUUUGUCCCCACACAACAGUUUACACUGAAAUUGUUGACUACUGAUGAAGUGGUACCGAUACACCAUUGGCAUAAGGGAGGGAUUGACUGACUGAUGGUACUGUCUUCAAACUUUCGUCAUUCAACUCUUAACAAGAAGAAUCCAUGCAGCCAGACUUGAUUAUUUGGACAUUUUCCUUCCAAAUUUAUUUCUUUGUUCUCCACUCUCGAGAUAUCUCCCACUAUUCAAGAAGCACAGCACCUGUUAUAACAAUGCAUACUUAACAAUACACCCUUUGUUUUACUUGAUCAUUCACUGCUUUGUCACUACUAUUGGUUUAAGGGUGCAUUCGUUCAAAUGCUGAGGGGUGCCCUUUGACAACCAUAACCAAGAAUUGGUUCAGUUAAUUUUGGGGGAAUUUGAGUUGUUUAUCAUGUUGCCCAAUUCAGUUUCCAAAGAAAACCGAACCAAUCCUUGGUUAAUAGGACUAAUGAAAUGCCCCUUUGUUAUGGAUGUUACUUUUCAUAACCUGUCAAUAGAGGGAGUAUGAUAUUUAGCUCCUUUAAGAGGGAUGUGCUUUUUUGGAAUCCUGAAAAAAAAAUAGGGUAUAGUCCAAUCCAUUCACUGAGGGAAUGUAUCGGAUUACUCCGAAUGAAUUGAUUAUGCUCAGUACUGCUCGAUAGGACAAUACAUGUAAUUAUACUUUUUGGCUGAAAAAGUAAGAUCUGAAUCCUACAAAGACAGGCAGUGACAUGACUAUCAAUACAAGAUGUACAAAUAAAUAGACAUAAUGGAACACAACAUAAACCUCACAAAAAUGCACUCAAGUAUUAACUGAAACCAUGUUUUUCUAGAAAAUGUGUUGCAAAUAUGAAUGAACUCUUGCACACAAUUUAAAAAGCCACAAAAUAAGCACAUAAAAUUGUACGUAUCAAUGCUAAAUCCGCCAAUGCUGUUUUAAAUAGUUUGUUUCCUAUUUUUCACAAACCAUUGGAAACUCGAGUGCAAAAACUUGGCUACGAAAGAUUUCAAACUUUGAGAAGGUACGGAUUACGGUUAACAUUUGACGCUCCACAUGUAAAUGCAUUUUUUCUACUUUUUUGUCUUGAGGUACAGAACAUAACAAAUUUCUUGCUUGUACAAAACGAGAUUCCAGCCUGAUGUAAUAUAAAUAAAAAAUUAUUUUGAAAAACCUUAA